AUGCGAGCGAGGCAAGUCCAAUUCCGCUUAUUCCUGUUCUUGUGGUGUGGAGACUGGCUAGCAGGGAACGGCGUUGUGGCGCCUGCAGCACAGGAUCGGUGGUCACGGAGCUGUAUAGCUGAGCAGGCAAGGAGUGGUCGAGGUGAAGCGGGCACUCGCUCUGCGGGACCGGACUUCGCGAACGAGUGCCCGUCUCACUCCAACCGGGUGUUCGCAACUCGCUCACCUCCCGCUCUGUGGUCUCGCUUGUUUGUUCAGCUACUGUCUGCACUCCAACGACUCGAUCCCGCGCCAGCCGCACCGCGCCACGCCGUCGAGCAGACCGCCAAAGCCGUCCAGACUUCGACGGCUCUCGCUCGACUCGCAGGCGGCGCGCAGGGCUGGCGAGCCACUGAUAUCACGGCCAGCACAACCCUGGCCUCGUCGACUCGCCUCGCUGCGGCGUCGGGUCUGGCAACGACUGUCCGGGCGGACAGUCGCUCCCAGGAUCGAGAGCCACGUCACCCAUUUUUGCCCUCGCCCUCGCCUUUUCGCCCUUCCCUCACUCACGGAAACAAGGGUCUGGGACCUCGCACAACCUCCAGUAGCUCAUACAGGUUUCUCUUUGCUGGAACCCGAGAUUCCGCCGCGUACCACGCGUCUACCUGA